CCAUAAUAAUAAAAUCCCAAUCCCUUGAUUAACACACUUCCCUACUUCUUAGCAAGUAAGAAACACAUCAUCUCUCUCUCUAGAAAACCCCUCUUUUUUCUCUCUUCUUGUCCAAAAAACCAAAAAAAUGCAGAACCCCAAUAACCCCGCAUACGAAUCCGACCCACAACUCCCCCAAAUCAGAAUCCACCACCCUUCCUCCCCUCGCCACCAGUCCGCCGCAACACCAACUCCCACUGCCGGCGCCCGUCGUAAAAUCGGCGUCGCCGUUGACCUCUCCGACGAGAGCGCGUACGCUGUACGCUGGGCCGUACAACACUACAUCCGACCCGGUGAUGCUGUCAUCCUCCUCCACGUCAGCCCUACCAACGUCCUCUUCGGCGCUGAUUGGGGUUCCAUCGAUCUCUCCAUCAACACCGAUCCAAAUUCAGAAGAAGAAGCCAUAAACAUUGCCACCAAUAACACUGAGAUCUCUUCCACGCCGAAACGGAAGCUAGAAGAAGACUACGACGCUUUCACCGCGACGAAGUCUGCUGAUCUCGCUAAACCGCUCAAAGAAGCUCAGAUUCCGUAUAAGAUCCAUAUUGUGAAGGAUCAUGAUAUGAAGGAACGGUUAUGUCUGGAAGUUGAGCGUCUUGGUCUUAGUGCUGUGAUUAUGGGAAGCCGUGGAUUUGGCGCGGUGCGUCGAGGGAGUGAUGGGAAGCUUGGGAGUGUUAGUGAUUACUGUGUGCAUCAUUGUGUUUGUCCUGUUGUUGUUGUUCGUUAUCCUGAUGAUAAAGAUGCUGCUGAGGCUGUUGUUGCUGUUAAGGAAGGUGAUGAGGGUGAAGCUGUUAUUAAGCCUGUUGGUUCUGUUGCGCAUGAACAUAAGAAAGAAGAUUAGUGGGAGCCCAAUUCAUCACCUCAACUGUCUCUGCAGGUUGCACUUUAAAGCAUUUUCCUGGAUGUUACAACUCUGGAAAGAUUAUGGAUGGUUUUGUAUGGCUUGAUGAUUUUGGUUCUUUUAGGCUGUUGUAAGAUUGUAUUUGGUUCCGAACUGGUAUAUACUCUUUCAUGUAGAUGUACAAAUUUGCUUGUGACUGUUUUUGGGGUUAUGUUCCCAUUCUGUAUGUGGGAGAUCGGAUUUAUCUUAAUGCUCUUUUAAUUAACUACUAGAUAAUUAUGAAAAACUAUUUGCUGGUCAUGGAACUGUGACUAUGUUUGUGCUA